GAGUCAAAGAGUAUAUGGUGGGCUGAUGAGAUGACAUUAAUUGAUUGAGUUUUAUAUAUUACCAAAACGUGCCAUCAAUUACUUUUUUUGCUCUACCAAAAUUCAUUAAGCUUUGUAUAUAUAUAUUCCUAACCAUUUUAUAUUGUGUUGUUGUUACGUGUAUGAUAAUAUUUAAAUAUGAUCACCAUGUAUUUAUAAUAUUUAGGCAUGCAUGAACAUAUAUAUAUAUAUUUAUAGGGUAUGAUUCUAAAGCAAUUAAUAAUAAAUCAUAUAUGAUGGAGACAUCAUCAUACUAUCGGCGGCAUCCAUGUACAAGUGCACCAUCCUCACCUUCACCACGCCUUGUCCGAACCCGAAGCGGGAGUUCCUCCAUAACUAGCCCCAACACUACUACUACUACUACUACCAAUCGUUCCAAAUCCACAACAACAACAAGGCCACCUAAUAAUAAUAAUUACAAUUACUACAAAAAUUCUACUAAUUCACACGUGCAAAAGAAACAACCAGCUCAAGAUCAAUCAUCAACUUCUUUCACCAAGUUCUUUGGUGGUGCAACAAAGGCCCCUAAUAAUAAACCGGUCCCGGGUUCGUCUUCGGCGUGGGCGCUUUCGCCGGCUCGGUCUCUUCCGUUUGCAGUGGCGGCAGCGCCACCGAAAUCCUGUUCGGGUUCGGUGAAGGUGAAGGCUAAUAAUAAGUCGAGUAGUAGUAGUAGUGGUGGAGUUUUGAAGUAUUUUAUUAGGCAUAAGAAGGUUUCGCGGGUUCAAGAGGAGGACUUUCAUCGGUUUAGGAUUUUGCAUAAUGGGCUGCUUCAAUGGAGAUUCGUUAAUGCUAAAGCUCUAGCUGCCAUGGCUGCUACUGAGCACAUUGCCGAGAGUAAAUUGUUCUCAGUGUGGCUCUGGAUCUUUAAAAUGAGAAACUCAAUUAUGGAAAAGAAAAUAGAGGUGCAGAGGGUUAAACAUGAGAUCAAGUUGUAUCAGAUUUUGAAUCCUCAAGUUUUGCACCUCAAUGAGUGGGCCAAAUUGGAGAAAAGAAAUCAAGAAUCUGUGGGAAAGUUGGCCACAAAAUUGUCAGCCAUUUCUAUUCAACUUCCUUUGAUCAAUGGUGCUAAGGCUGAUGUUAUGUCAAUCUACGAAGCCAUGUACACAGCCAUUGAUGCUAUGGAUGGCAUUGAAUCAAUUAUUACUAAAUAUUUUAUUGAGGUUGAGAGAAUUCUUUACAUGGUUACAGAGCUUCUUAUUACGACAAAACAACAAAUAGAAAAUCUUGAGGAGCUGGAGAAAACUGUUACACUUGCUACUACACUACUGGUUAAGGAGACGAGUGUAAGAGCACAAUAUGUGGAAGCAGCUUUUGAAUCUGUGAGAUGCCAAAUUUGUUGAUGAGUACUACGUACGUAGUAAAUCCUGUUUUAUUUGGUCAAGCGCAAACAAGUCUGAAUGUACCUUUCAACUGAUUUACCUUAUUACUCUACAAUAUGA